GCAACAAUCACUUGAGAAGUGGUUCGUUAGCACAAUGGCAUCUGUAAACAGAACCAGGGAAAUAAUUAAAAAACUUAAAGUAAGCAAACAACGACUCUUAGAGGAGAUAAACGAAAAGCGUGAAUCCAACUGCUUAGUGGAAAGGAGCAAUCAAGUCAGCUUAUUGAGAGUUCAAAAGAGGCACUUCAGUGGUGCUUAUCAGUCCUUUACUCUUACCACAAGCAAAGAACCUGUUCCUGACAGUGGCAGGAGCUCCUGGGUCAAACCGAGUCACCUUUUUCACACCGAGAAAAGGCACUUUACUUCAAAAAAUAAUGCCAUCUUUGGAUAAAGUGCAUCUCCAGCAGCACACAGAAAUACAUUCUCUUUGAACCAUCUCAAA